AUGAGCCGAAAGUUCAAGUCCCAGGCCUCCAGCGCUCGCGCCGCUUCUGCAGCCUUCGGAUCGUCCUCGUUUGGCUUCGCUGCGCCUUCUGCAGGCUUUCAGACUGCACCCUCGUCCCUUUCGUACAUUGCGGAGCAACCAGACCUAACCGCAAUCUCGGACCCUCAUCUGCUCGUCGCUUUCAGAAACCUUGGGAAGAAGGACAGCACAACCAAGGCUAAGGCUCUUGAGGAGAUACAAGACUACGUUGGAACCGCGGCAUCCAACAACGGAGGAGAUGCGGGUUUGCUAGAGGCAUGGCUCAGCCUUUACCCGCGCACCUCCAUCGACAAUUCGCGACGAGUCCGUCAGCUCGCCCAUACCAUCCAGGGCUCCAUCACAUCUCUCUAUGGAAGGCGAAUCGCGCCCUCUCUGCAGCGAGUAAUCGGACCGUGGCUUUCCGGUGUCUAUGACAGUGACACAGCUGCUGCAAGGGCUGCCCAAGAUUCUAUCGCUUCGUCAUUCCCGACAGAUGAGAAGAGGCGGGCACUAUGGAAAGUGUACAGCACGACGCUGGUGGACUAUGUUGAAGAUGCAAUAUUCUCUCAAACGCCCAAAACCUUGAGCGACGAGCGGUCAACAACUCCAGAAGAUGCCGAAGCAAAGUUUGUUCGCGUGGCUGGGAAUGCUAUGUAUACGUUGAGCCAGGUUAUCAGAACAAAUCUAUCGGACGCCGGACCCGAGCAGUCAGACAUUCGGGGACGGAUCGAAACGACAGUACGGAAUAAGCAGCUUUGGGAAUACUCCUACCAUCAAGAUCCCAGCCUGCGCCGGGCUGCAUGCAGCUUGGCCCUAGUCUGUUCCCAAGUCUUACCCUCGGGUCUGGACUGGAAAGUCAUAAGCUCUUGCUUUGUGGGUAAAGCGCUACACUCCAGUCAGCUAGGCUCUUCGGGUCGAUUUUCUGAAGCCAUCUUGUCCCUCACGACCACACGACCAGAGAUCUGGACAGCAGACUACACUUCCAAGACUUCGGCCUUCAAACGACUCCUCCAGUAUCUCAGACGGGGAUCCCAGAGAGGUUCGGCAGAUUUCUGGACCAACACUUUCCAUCUGCUCUUGAAGGUUCCUCCGGAACUGUUAUUUGAAGCCAACAGUGUGGGCGCAAGUGAUCUACAGGCGACGGAGGCUCUUGUAGAAGCAGUAAAAGAAGGCAUCUCCCACGCUGAUGAGCCUAGACAGAACCUGGACACAGCAUGGUCAGUCUAUAUCCAGAUAUCGUUCUGGCUCAUGGAAAAGAUCGACCAGGAAGACGCCCAAUCUACUUUCUUUUCUCAACAUUUGUUACCGCUUCUUCUCCGCCAUGUAUUUCCAGACUCUCAAACAAUCUCGCGGGCGAUCAGCCCCUCCACCAGUGCGAAGAUUUCCAGCACGGUCCUUGGGGAACUUCUGCGGCGGAGUUCAAGAUCUCUCUUUGCGACUGCCUGGGGCCAGCUAUGCUCGAAAUUCGUCGAUAACAUGAAAAUGUCGUUACCUGAAUCCUCUAAGGAUUUCAUAAAAUCCCAGGACAAUGUGAUUGCGGAGGUAACACGACUUUUUGAGCUCAAAGCGGUUGUGGUCCGGACCACCACUCUUGAUCCUACAGUGCAGACAUAUGCGAAAGAAGUACUGCAGGCCGAAGACAAGAAAUUAGCCACUGCUGCCAUUGAUAUAUUAAAAUCUCGUAACGGCAAGCCCUAUGGAGCUGCAUUCACGCUCCGAGACAUCGCCUCGUCCGAUGAUUCGUUGGAGACAAGGAAUCUGUCGGUCAAGUUUUUAGAGUCUGAUGGUCUAGAGCUCUUGAGCAGCCCUUCUGCUGAGUUCCUGGCGACUCUUACGUUUCGUCUGAAUCAAGAUCUAGCGCCAUCAAUCUCACGUCUACUAAGCCUUGAUGGGAACACCUUUGCGACCAAAACUAUCGCAACUCUCUUAAAAGAGAUAUCGGCGCUUGAGAUCUCGAAGCACGAAGAUUUACAAACAUUUAUCCUGGAAAAGAUCUCUCGCCCCACAGGAGAUAGUCAUGAGCAGGAGAUAAUCUCGACCGUGUUCCAGAACCCUCAACUUCGGUCUUCCCACUUUCGACAACUCUGCGAGGACAGGCUACUUGAGCAUCUGUCUCCGCAGACAGCGCCAGCCCUACAGCAUGCUACUCUUGGCCUGCUCACUCACCUGUUGACCAACACUACGCAGAAGCCGCAAACCUUCUUGGAACAGUUUGACAGUAGCCUUCUCUUUUCCAAGGUCCUUGUACUGUCUGAUUCAGACAACACCGAGACUGCUGAGCUUGCCACGACACUGAUGUCGAAGCUUAAAAAGUUGCCUUCGAGUUCCAAUUCCGUUGCUGAAUCCGUGACGACAGUUGUAGCUGACCAGCUCUCCGGAAAAGGCAUUCCCCUUUCGAUCUUCGCAUUGAUCGAUCUGGCUAAGGACACCCUCAAAGAUCGUUCACCAGACAAGUUUGGAAGUGAGCUUCUUCCAUCCGAAUCACAGUGGAAAAGCGCACUGGCGCCGCAUCUGUCAAUGCGGCGACCGCGUUGUCUGACCAUUACCAGUCCACUCCAUGGCUUACUAUAUUUGGUUGAUGAUGGUCCUGCAGCUCGAUCCUCAGAUGUUUUGCGUGAUGCCGAUGACUUUUCUCUCUUGUUCAGACUGGUCUUAUAUUCUACCCGGUUACUCAGGGAGUCCGAAAUCCUGACUCGCCUCUCCGACAUGGAUUUGCAAACGUUAUACACCUUCUACGUGCUAUCGCUGCAGCUGGUCAAUGAGAAAAUGACAAUGGAAUCAGCAAACGACAUUUGGCUGAAUACCAACCAGGAGGUUGUGGAUGAAGUUGCCGACACUCUUUCUCAGGGCAAUGCAUUGAUCCAGCAAUGGAUUGUGGACGACAAACUGAUAAAAUCAUGGAUGCAACGUAUCCGGUCUGUCACUGAUCUGACACCUUAUUCUUACCUCCAAGGUUUGGCAUUCGCAGACGUUGCAUCACGCUUCGUGGACAGUCAUGGCCCCUCCCUGAUUCUGGCUGAUUUCGAGAGGGAGAUCAAGGACUUAUACAGGUCGCCAGAGUUGAUACGCUCCGCAAGUUUGAUAUCUUCUUGUCGUGAUCAACUCCUUGGCUCGACGCAGGGUCGAAGGCUGGUCAAUGAGCUUGUUGCUGCAUGCACCGACGUAAAAGCUUCCAACGACUCCGUCUCAUCGAUGCGAAGUCUAGUCUUGUUAGAUUUAUUGGUGAACAGCGACCCGGAGCCCCUGGAGGCUAUUCCGAACCAGAGAAUGGUGUUUCUCAUGCAGUCACUUGUGCGUUUGCUGGAUCCCUCUUCAGCUGACCUUCCUCUCCAGACUCUGGCCUUAAAGCUUCUGGAUCCAGUGUUGGCUAUCACCAGAGACAUUUAUGGAGAGCACUGGGAGCAGAUGUUUGGCUAUCUGGCUGCAGUCUGGGACGAGGAGCGUGAUCUGGAGGAUGAUCUCCCGAUGAUCCACGCGUCACUCCGACUUCACGGGCGACUCGAAACUCUGGCAAAAGGUGACGACAGCAACGAGGACCUCUCGGAUGCGUACAAGGUGGCUGAGGCAUCGCUUGAGCGAGGGCUCCUUCGCUGCCUACAGAAUUUUCGCGUUUCUGAUGCGCAUUUGAAUCAACCUCGUCGAAUCACCGCCGAACUCCUUCGUAGACAGCUGGCACAGGUGUCUGUACCGCAUGACCCGAGUCUUUACUCGCUCCUCUCCUCGACAGAGGACGCAGUCCGACGUGCUGCCUACGAUCUUCUCCAUCGGUCUAUCCCGAAAGCUCAAGAGCAAAUCUCCAUUGACAUAGCCCUGGAAAAGAAAGAUGCUCAUCUGCCGGAAGAACUUUUGUCGCUACUAGCGAAUGGUCCUAGAACUCAAGAUGCCGGUGGAAUGAUUCGACAGAGCUAUCUCCUUCAGUGGCGACUAGCCUUCGAUCACUUCACCAAUGCUUCCUACAGACUCCAGGAAAUGUAUAUGGCAGAUAUCAAAGAGAGUGGCGUCAUCAUAAAUCUGCUUGAUCUCAUCUGUGAGAUUUGCCGCAUAACUAGCGGCAGGCCAUUGGAUGCUUCCAAAAUAGAUUUGACCAACUUCGAGUACGGCCAUGCCGAGUCUGAUGAGCAAGAGGAACAACGACUGAGUAUACACCUUUACUAUUGCUGUUUGUUCUAUCUCCCCAGCCUCACGCGAAGCUGGUUCGUGGAGCAGAAGAACAGAGUGAAGUCUCCGCUGGAAAGCUGGACACAGAAAUACUUCUCGCCAUCUCUGGUGUUAGCUGCCUCAUCAACGGUUACAGAGUGGGCGGCAAACCAAUCACAAGACGAAAGUGAAGCCGCAGUCAGCGUCAAGACAUCAUUGAGCGGGUCCGAGAUUGUGGCAUCGAUCGCCAUUGAUCCAGAGUCUCCUCCCAUUGCCAUCGCCAUUUCUCUGCCUCCGACAUAUCCUCUCGAUGCUCCGACGGUGGAAUCCCGAACUCGAGUUGGGGUGUCGGAGAGGAACUGGCAGUCGUGGCUCCGAACCUUCCAGAUCAUCAUUUUCAGCAGUGGAAGCAUCAUCGAAGGCCUCAUCGCUCUCCGUCGAAACGUUCAGGGGGCUUUGAAGGGGCAGAGUGAGUGCGCCAUUUGCUACAGCAUCAUCGGUACGGACAUGCAAACUCCCAAUAAGCGGUGCGGGACUUGUCGCAACACUUUCCAUGGGGCGUGUCUGUUCCGAUGGUUCAAGAGUUCCAACAGUUCAAGCUGUCCUCUGUGUCGAAACAACUUUAAUUAUGCAUGA